UCUGUGGCAAGAUGUCCCGGAGAGAACCGAAAGGGAAGAAGGCCUCAGACACGGAAGUCAUUUCGUGGAAGCAGAAGAAAGACCUCGCAGACAUGGAGGAGAUGGCCGUCGGAAAACAACUAGAGGAGCUCAUUGCAUGGACUGCGAUGAUAGAAGCCAUGAGCGAUGAACAACUCAAGGACUACGUUCUUAAUCGGCCGGAAAGCUUACGGAGUGUCAAGACCGGAAAGAACGCCCCAGGGAAGAAGCCGGGGAGAAGGAGUGGGAAAUCCUGUUCCCCCUCUCAGGGGCUUAUGGCCACGGUGUGGAAAUAUCACAAGGAAGACGAUGAUGAAGCAUCUAUAUCAUAGCUAUGUGUAUAUGCAACAGUACACCAUUUAUCCUCUACUAUAUUCAUAGUCUCGAAAAAGUUGAUAUCUGUUAAACUUCUUUCCCUUUUCCUUUUUCCUUUCGAUCUUCUUAUGUGCCCCUCCUUUCAGUGAACCAAUAUAGUCAAUCAUAUGAACCGAGCACGAUUUCGAAAUCCACACAAUAAGUAUGAGACAGAUUGAAUAGGAACAAACAAAGAAGCGCCAGGAGAAAGAAAUUAGUCAUUGGAUCCAAUACCAAGGUUUGAGUUUGCUUAGUUGUGUGGCUUUGCGUCUGCAAUUUUGACCCCAAAAAUGUCCUAUUCCGCACGGAAAGAAGGAUGCAGCAUAUCCAACAUCAUCUGCUUCAUUGCACUGCAACAAAAAGGAACAAGAUUGAGUCAACUCAACAGCAAAAGAUCUUCCGCAUGAGAACACUGGGGAUGUCUUGAUAACAUAAAAUACAAUUAACAUACCCGUCGUCGCCGCCCGGCAAUAUUUCUUUAAAGCCAUGCGAGAGACUAGACCAACUCCUACGAGUCUAUAACUUUGAAAUCAGUUGUCAUCCCAGUGGAGUGAGAAGCCCAAGAGAAAGAUGCGGCUCUCUUCUUCCAUCCGAUUCCUCUUUCUAAUGGCUGCGGUUGCUGCCUUGCUGUUUACCCAGUUUCAUUCGGCCUAUGGAGGUGCCAAAGCUUGGAGGAAGGAGAGGAUGUUGGGUGGAAGGGUCGGGUGGAGUCCCCCUUCUCCAGCAUCGAAUCCUGUGAAGCAUCAAAUCCCCCCUCAACUGCCUUCACCUCCCGGGAGCAACUGAUGGCUGCCGUAUGCAUGUGAUUUCACGUCAUUAGCAUGCAGUAGUUGAUUGGUCACGUCAAAAUAGAAAGAAGUGGAUGCUGUGAGAUCGAAGGCGUGUUUACCUAAAGAAUUAAUAACAAUCUCUUGCUGGUGUUGAAGCUGUGUUUACAGUUGAUGUCAUUAUAGUUCUCUUUAUUUCCUUUUGUGUUAUGUCCAAUACUAUUGAAUUCGACGUGUUUGAUUAA